UUGGGAUUGAAGUCAGUUAAUCGUAAAUCAUGAUUUCUAUUUUACUUACGUGUAUUGUUUUGGGGUUAGCCACCUCAGAACCAAUAUUUUACGAGUGUGGGGUUGCAACGUCGGAACAAGACAUUAUUAUUAAUGAACAUAACAACUAUCGUCUUCAAAUUUCCUCGUGGUGAACUUGAAGGUCAGCCUAGAGGUAUCAAUUUAAAACGCAUGGCUUGGGAUGAAAAAUUAGCGGUUGAAGCACAAAAAGUAGCUGCAACUGGAAAAUUCGAACACCUUAUUGUCGAUGAUGAUCGUUUCCCUGCUGUUGGACAAAAUUUAUACAUGCACAUGUCUACUGCAGCGGGUGCAGGAUCAAAUUGGGCAAAAGGUAUAGAAUCAUGGUGGAAGGAACACGAAAAUUUCGUGUAUGGUGCAGCAACUCAAAAUGGCGUAACCGGACAUUACACUCAAGUUGUAUGGGCUGACACUUACCUUGUGGGAUGUGGUUACUGCUAUUUUUAUGACGAAGAAACAAAUGCCAAAUAUCCCUACCAGAAGCUUUAUGCUUGUAAUUAUGGACCUGCUGGUAACUGGGUGGGACAAAAUCCGUAUGAAACUGGAAGCUCAGGCUGUGAAAAUCUUUGUUAACGUAGUUACAAUGAAAUGUUAUUAUUAAUUGAAAUAAAAUGUUUUAUCACCUUUAAACCGAUUAA